CUACAUCUUUCCAUAAAUUAACAGAGGAAGAAGACUAAGAAGCAAAGACGACUUAAAAGAAAAACUAGAAGAAAGUCCACAAAAGAAAAGAGAUUAGAUAGAUCAAUGGCGUUUGAAGCUCUUACCGGAAUCAAUGGUGAUCUAAUCACCGCAUCAUGGAUGGCCUCGAAGAAAGCUUACCAAACCGACCGCUAUCACAAGGAAGAAGCAGGGACAGUCGUAAUCUUCGCUUUCCGACCAUCUUUUGCGGCCGAAGAUUUGUUUGCUCCGGCUAAUAUAUCUUCCUUUGGAGAAAUUAAGAUGAAGCGUGUUCAGUUUCCUUGUAUGAGGAAAAUCGGUAAAGGUGAUGAAGCUACUGUUAACGAAGCUUUCCUCAGGAAUCUUGAAGUUAUCAUUGAUCCAAGAACUUCAUUUUUUGCUUCUGUGGAAAUGGCUAUCAGCAGCAGAAAACAGAUAGUGUUCACAGGACAUUCCUCUGGAGGUGCAACUGCAAUCUUAGCAACAGUUUGGUAUUUGGAGAAAUACUUCAUACGCAAUCCGAAUGUUUACCCUGAGCCUCGUUGUGUGACAUUUGGAGCUCCUUUGGUUGGUGACUCUAUCUUCAGUCACGCACUUGGGAGAGAAAAUUGGAGCCGGUUCUUUGUGAACUUUGUCACAAGAUUCGAUAUUGUCCCCCGGAUUAUGCUUGCUCGAAAGGCAUCAAUAGAGCAAACUUUGCCUCAUGUUCUUGGCCAAUUGGAUCCAACAAAUCCUUCCUUCCAAGAGAGUGACCAGAGAAUAACAGAGUUUUACACAACGGUGAUGCGAGACACAUCAACUGUUGCAAACCAAGCUUUCUGUGAAUUGACUGGAAGCGCAGAGGCAUUUUUAGAAACUCUUUCUAGUUUCCUUGAGCUAAGUCCUUAUAGACCCGCCGGCACUUUCGUUUUUUCUACAGAUAAUAGAUUGGUUGCAGUGAACAACUCGGACGCCAUUCUUCAAAUGCUUUUUUACACUUCUCAAGCUAGAGAUGAACAAGAAUGGUCUCUCAUUCCAUUUCGAAGUAUCAGAGAUCAUCAUAGCUAUGAGGAACUGGUACAGUCAAUGGGAAUGAAGUUGUUUAAUCAUUUGGAUCUGCAUCAAUUUCUUUUGGAUGGACAAAACUCGAUCGGGUCUUGGCUCAAUGAACUUGGAGUGAGCACAAGAGGCAGACAGUACGUUCUUGCUGCAUUAGAGGAAGAGAAGAAACGAGUAGAAAAUCAGAAGAAGAUUGAAAACAAAUGGCCUCAAAUAGUAAAGGAACUAUCAUGGAUAGAAAAUGAAUACAAGCCAAAGUGUCAAGCUCAUAAAAACGGGUAUUACGAUUCCUUCAAAGUUUCAAAUGAAGAGAAUGACUUCAAAGCAAACGUUAAGAGAGCUCAGUUAGCCGGUAUUUUUGACGAGGUGCUCGGUUUAUCGAAGAAAGGUCAACUUCCAGAUGAGUUCGAGGGGGGCAGAGAUUGGAUCGAGUUAGCAACUCGAUACCGCAGAUUAAUUGAGCCUCUUGAUAUUGCAAACUACCAUCGACAUUUAAAGAACGAAGACACAGGGCCGUACAUGAAAAGAGGAAGACCAAACCGCUACAUAUACGCUCAGAGAGGGUACGAACAUAUAAUAUUGAAGCCACAAGGAAGGAUUGCAGAAGAUGUCUUUUGGAACAAGGUAAAUGGUCUUAACUUAGGGUUAAAGCAAGAAAUUCAAGAGAUUCUAAAGAACUCGGGAUCCGAAUGCGGAUCAUGCUUUUGGGCAGAGGUUGAAGAACUCAAGGGAAAGCCAUACGAGGAAGUUGAGGUAAGAGUUAAGACAUUAGAAGGGAUGCUUGGAGGAUGGAUCACAGCCGGGGAGGUAGAUGAUAAGGAAAUAUUUCUGGAGGGUUCAACGUUUCGAAAGUGGUGGAUUACGCUUCCCCUCAAUCACAAAUUGCAUUCUCCGCUGCGAGAGCAUAUGAUGGAUGAGAUAAGAGCUACCUGAACCUUAAGUGGUGGAGUAUUUAAGCUAUUGAAACACUUGCUUCUUAAUUUGUACAAUAAGAAAUGUCUAUCAUU